UUUUUUUUUUUUUUUGGUGUAUGCGUCUUUAUGAACCCCCUUUUCGUCCAACAUUGACUGAAGAACAAUGCACAGCAAAACUUGCCCGUAUUUUGGAUUCCUCUCCUAAAGUAACAACUCUACUUCAAGCUAUUCAGACAUUAAAUCGUGGAACUCUUCGUCGUGGGAUUACUUGUAGACCAUGCUCUGGAACUAAUCAACAGGAUAAAAUGGGUUAUUACGAUGGGACUUACAAAAGAGUAGUACUAUGUUGCGACAACAUUCGAUCCGCUGAAGAACUGGAAGAAACAUUGAUUCAUGAACUUGUACAUGCCUUCGAUGCCUCCCGGAAAGGAACCUUCACAAGUAUAUGUCAUCUUAUUGCAUGUGGUGAAGUCAGAGCAAGUGCCCUUGGUCAGUGUUAUCAAGUCAAGCCAGAAUACAGACGUCAACAAUGUAUACUACGCGAUGCCAUCCAGUCAACUCAACUUCAUUGUGGAGAUCAAGCUGCAAAAAUUGUUGAACAAGUAUAUGAAAAAUGCAUGAAAGACACAUCCCCACUCCCUCCAUAGAACUGGUCUUUUUUUUUUAAAGCAUAUACCCUCAUUUUGUAUUAUUCAAUAAAGACUUGACUGCUCCCAUUGUAACUUU